CCAACUGCAUUUUUUGCUUCUGUGACAGGUGAGAGAACUGGAGCCCAUAUUGUGUCAGAUGGACCACAAUUCUCUAGUGAUCUGGACAUCCUCCAGUAAUGCCCAGCGAUCGGCUUUUAGUCUAGAUGACAUACAGCAUCAGAAAGGCCGUGAGCCCUACAGCUCCUCGAAAUAUGCGUCUGAUCUACUUAGCUUAGCCCUAAACCGUCACUACAACAACCGUGGUUUGUACGCAUCAGUGAUCUGUCCUGGUCUGGUCAUGACUAACCUCACCUAUGGCAUUCUACCAUCAUUCUUCUGGACUCUCAUCAUGCCAAUAAUGUGGCUUAUAAGGAUUUUCACCAACACUUUUACCCUCUCACCUUACAAUGGAGCAGAGGCUUUGUUUUGGCUGUUCAUGCAGAAACCUGAGUCACUGGACCCGAUGGCCAAAUACCACAGUUUGACCUCUGGGCUUGGAAACAAUUACACCCAACCACACAAGAUGGAUAUUGCUGAAAACGUGUCAGAGGCCCUCUAUGUGAGGCUAUUAGAACUUGAGGAUACAGUGCGGAAGAAACUGAGAGACGAGGAUGUAGAUAUCAAAGCAAAAAACUAAAUAUGGACACAAAACCUCAUGCAUUCUAUCGCUUUAGAACACAUUUCCAUCUUGAAAUAUUCACUAAGGAAUGGAUAAACUAGAUAUAGAUAGAUUUAGAUAGAUAAAUAGAUUUUUCUUAAUGAUCUUUAGAAACACAAUAUGAAAUGAUUAUGAUAAUCUAGCAUGGCUAUAAACCACAUCACGUUCUUCACUUAUGUAUUUACAAAAAAGUAAUUUUAUGCAGUUGGCAGACACUUGCAUCCAAAUUGACUUGCAUUGCAUUUAAGGUGCACAUCAGUUAUUGCUUUCCCUGGCAAUCGAAUGUACGACUGGCUUUGCUAUCACCAUGCUCUACUGUGAGAUACUUAUAAGUAUUGUGCAUUCCAAGUUGAAUGGUUUUUACCAUUGUAGUCAGUUUCUGACUCUGAUGAAAAUGGGACCACAAAUCUGUCAUGUAUUUUUAGCUGUUUUUAAUGUCCAUUUUAUUGUGCCCCCAAAGGGGCUUCUUCCAAGAUGUUCUGAAUAAUAUAUAUAUAUAUAUAUAUAAUAGUAUGGUGUCACUGCUGAGUGAUUUGGGCCAAAAUCAGCACAGGCUGUGAAAAAGGAAACUAAAUCUGCUCUUUCCAGUGAAUAAAAAUGUAUGUCUGGAACUGUGUACAUUUUAUAAUUAAUAAUUCACCCAAAAAGUAUAAACUCUUUAUAGUGUUUGUUUUAAGGUUUCAAUUGAACUUUCUUCCUACAAACAAAAAAUAAAUAA